AUGCACGCGGUAGUCACGCCAAGUCACGCCGUCUCGAGCACGAAUACGUUCAGUCUCGUGGCAAGCACAGCCCAAACCAACGCGGGCAAACAUGAAAAGGUUCCAGUCAACCGCUUCUCGACCGCCGAAAGACUAUUCGGUUGUGACUCCCCAACUCUGGAACUCAGCGAGCUAAUCGACCUCACGAUGACAGCCUCACCAGCAACGAAGCCCGCAUCGACUCCAGACUCGAUCGCCGCCGUCCCUUCGAGGGACAGAAACCGCGGGUCUAGUCCACCAGAGAUGAACGACCCGCCUUCCGAAGACGAAGCAGAACCGUACUGCGCCUUCACCUCGCGCUACAGACACUUCGUCGUGGCAACCGUUUCCAUGGUGGGAUUCUUCUCACCGUUGACGAUCAACAUCUACAUCCCCGCGCUGCCUCAGAUCGCCAGUGCGCUACAUGUUUCCGAAGGUGAGUCACGACAGAACGCAUAA